CAAUGAUAAACCGGCACUGCAAUAAAAGAGGAGAAAGGAUGACAGCAAGAGAAAACUCUUUUGAAACCCAAAUACCCUUCUUUUUAAUCAUUUAUAAGCAUCGUUUUCAUAUAAAUACAUAAUCCUUGAGAUUUAUUUUCUUUUCUAAAUCCAUCUUUCUAAGGAAUAUAUAUCUGAGAAGAUUUGGGAAAAUCAAAUGGGAGUGAAGGCUGAGCACUGAUGUCACUGUUCUGGAUUGUGAUUCGUCGACUAGCUGAAAUCGAAGAAAGAAUGGCGACCUCUAAGAAAGUAAUUACAAGGGAAGAGUGGGAAAAGAGAUUGAAUGAUAUUAAGAUCAGGAAAGAAGACAUGAAUAAGUUGGUGAUGAAUUUCCUUGUCACUGAAGGUUAUGUUGAAGCUGCCGAAAAAUUCCGGAUGGAAUCCGGAACUGAGCCAGAUAUUGAUCUUGCAACGAUCUCGGAUCGCAUGGCUGUUAAGAAGGCUGUACAAUGUGGAAACGUUGAGGAUGCCAUCGAGAAAGUUAAUGAUUUGAACCCUGAGAUAUUGGAUACAAACCCGCAACUCUUUUUCCAUCUCCAACAGCAGAGAUUGAUAGAAUUGAUUCGGGAUGGAAAAAUAGAAGAAGCCUUGGAGUUUGCUCAGGAGGAGCUUGCACCUAGGGGAGAAGAAAAUCAAAGCUUUCUAGAAGAGCUGGAGAGGACUGUUUCACUCCUGGCUUUUGAAGAUGUUUCAAACUGUCCAGUUGGAGAGCUUUUGGACAUAUCACAGCGCCUUAAGGCGGCAAGCGAGGUGAACGCAGCCAUACUUACUAGCCAGAGUCACGAAAAAGACCCGAAGCUUCCAAGCUUGCUAAAGAUGCUGAUCUGGGCUCAGAAUCAACUGGAUGAGAAAGCCGCUUAUCCUCGCAUAAAUAAUUUUUCGAACGCCACUUUCGAAGACCCCUUGGAUUGAAAAGUUUGAAAGAUUAUGGGGGAAAAAGUCAAGUUGCUUGGGAUUGAUCAGAGAUAGAGCUUGAAUUGAAUCAAAUGAUAUAUAUGCUUGUAACCUCAAUACUCUAGCUAGGAAUUUGUUGAUUGUCAUUUGUUAUGAUGUAUUGAUGCUUAUUUCCAUUGUAGAAUAAUUUAAGUCACCUUUUGCCGUUGUACUA